AUGCAGGACGAAGGCGCAACACCUGCAUUGGAAAAAUGGAAUGCAUCAUCCCGCAAUAUCACGCGGGUUGUUGCGGUGUGCUGGUCCUUUCUCAUUGUCGGCAUGAGCGACGGCGCCGUGGGUGCAUUAAUUCCCUAUUUGAAAACAUACUAUCGCCUCUCCGAGACAAUCGUAUCUUUGAUCUUCCUGUCUCCGGUGGUCGGAUACGUGCUCGCCGCCCUUGCGAGCCACAACCUACACACUCGGUUUGGGCAGAGGGGCACCGCGUUUCUCGCCCCGGUAUGUCAUAUUGCUUCGUACGUGGUCAACUGCCUGCACCCCCCCUUCCCCGUGGUCGUCGUCGCCUUCAUCUUUACCGGGGUCGGAAACGGACUGGAGGAAUCGGCGUGGAAUGCCUGGCUAGGCAAUAUGGCGAAGGCCAACGAGUUGCUGGGUAUAUUGCAUGGGGUGUACGGAGCUGGGGCCUUGAUGGGCCCGCUCAUUGCGACCUCGUUGAUCACGAAGGCUCACUUCUUGUGGUGGGAAUAUUACUAUAUCAUGAUCGGAUUGGCCGCGACCGAGUUCGCUGCCUGCAUGGCAGCUUUCUGGGGGGCUGAUGGCUCCCAAUUCCGGGCCGCCACUUUCCAAUCGAGAGAAUCCGACACCAACACGCGAACCGACCUCAGAAUAGCACUCAGUCGGCGGCCCUACGCGCGAAUCACCUGGCUCUGUGCCAUCUUCCUCCUCGGAUAUGUCGGGAUCGAAGUCUCCCUGGGUGGCUGGAUUGUGACCUUCAUGGCGCAGGUUCGGCACGGAAGCGCCUUCGCCAGUGGACUGACGGCGACAGGCUUCUGGCUGGGGAUCACGCUGGGGCGACUGCUGCUUGGAUUCAUCACCCCGAGAAUCGGAGAGGCACUGGCCAUCAUGAUCUAUGUCAGUUUGACCAUCGUCUUCUGUCUGGUGUUCUGGCUGGUGCCCAAUUUCUAUGCCUCCGCCGUCGCGGUGGCCGUCCAGGGCUUCUUCCUGGGACCAUUGUUCCCGGCCGCGGUGGUGACAUUGACCCGAGUCCUCCCGCGGAAAUUGCAUCUCAUCGGGAUUGGCUUUGCGGCUGCAGUGGGCAGCGGGGGAGCAGCGAUUUUGCCCUUUGUGUUUGGGGUGGUGGCUCAGUCGGCCGGGGUUCAGGUCCUUGAGCCCUUCAUUCUGGUUCUCUCGGUGGCGAUUCUUUUGCUGUGGAUUGGACUGCCGGGGAUCUUCAAGAAGCAUCGCGAAUGA